AUGGAAAACUGCAGCUCUAAAAGUUAUAUGCCUUACUUGACUAAUUUGAUCCUGCCCAACAAUCAAUUAGUUGGCAAAUUAGCAGAAUGGUUGGGACUGCUUGAAAAUCUUGUGGAACUAGACCUGUCAUAUAACGAGUUUGAAGGCCUUAUCCCUGCUUCUUUAGGGGCAUUGUCAAAUCUUGAGAGCCUCAAACUAAACAAUAACAGCCUUCAAGGUCCCAUCCCUGCAACUUUAGGGUCAUUGCAACACUUGACAGAUAUGUGGCUUGGAACUAACCAACUGAAUGGGACUCUCCCAGAUAGUUUUGGACAGCUUUCUGAAUUACUUUGCCUGGAAGUUUCUUUCAAUAGUUUGACAGGGAUUCUCUCUGCAGAGCAUUUCUCAAAGCUAAGUAAGUUGAAACAUCUGUACAUGCAGUCCAAUUCAGGUUUCAAUUUGAAUUUUAGGUCCUUCUUUCCAGCUUGGCUUCAGUCCCAAAAGGAGCUUGUGUCUCUUGAUUUCUCAAACACUAGCAUUUCAAGUCCCAUACCAAACUGGUUUUGGAAUCUUUCUUCUAAUUUAGAUUUCUUAAAUCUUUCUCUCAAUCACUUGCAUGGCCAGUUACCAAAUCCAUUAAAUGUUUCUCAAUAUGCAUUGAUUGAUUUCAGCUCCAACCUCUUUGAAGGACCUAUUCCUCUUCCAACCAAAACUAUUGAAUCACUAGAUUUCUCCAACAAUAAUUUUUCGGGUCCCAUCCCACCGAGCAUAGGUGAAUCCAUUCCAAGCUUGAGGGUCCUUUCUCUCUCGGGUAAUCAAAUAACAGGAGUCAUCCCAGCUUCUAUAGGAGAUAUAAGGGGUCUUGAUAUCAUUCAUCUUUCAUGGAAUAGUUUGACAGGAAGCAUUCCCUCAACCGUAAUCAAUUGCUCUUCCUUAAGAGUUCUAGACCUUGGAAACAAUGACUUGUCCGGGAGAAUUCCAGAACAGUUGGGUCAGUUAAAGUGGCUUCAAUCUCUUCACAUGGAAAACAACAAGCUCUCAGGAGGGCUGCCCUCAUCUUUCCAAAAUUUGUCUAGUUUGGAAACUCUUGAUCUCAGUUACAACAGAUUGUCAGGUAACAUUCCAACAUGGAUUGGAGCUGCUUUUAUGGGUCUUAAAAUCCUUAACUGGAGGUCGAAUGGGUUCUCUGGCAGUCUUCCUUCUGAGCUUUCAUAUCUACGUUCAUUGCAUGUCCUGGACCUCUCACAAAAUAAUUUGACUGGCAGCAUUCCACCUACAUUGGGUGGCCUCCAAGCAAUGGCUCAAGAGAAAAAUGUAAACCAAUUUGUGUUAUAUGGGAGCUUUCAAGGCAGACGGUAUGGAGGGCAAUAUUAUGAAGAAAGCUUGGUUGUGAACAUGAAAGGACAACGUCUAGAAUAUACCAGAACUCUUUCCCUUGUUACCAGUAUAGACCUGUCUGGCAAUAAUUUAAGUGGAGAGUUUCCAGAGGCAAUAACAGAAUUAUUUGGUUUGGUGGCUCUCAACCUGUCACGGAACCACAUUACUGGCCAAAUUCCUGAAAGCAUUUCAAGGUUGAAGGAAUUGUUAUCUCUUGAUCUAUCAAGCAAUAAGCUCUUCGGCACAAUUCUUUCUAGCAUGGCUUCAUUAUCUUUUUUGGGUUCUUUGAAUCUAUCAAACAACAACUUCUCUGGUAAGAUUCCUUUUACAGGACAGAUGACAACUUUUGAUGAACUUGCCUUUGAUGGAAACCCAGGUCUUUGCGGAGCUCCUCUUGUUGAAAAAUGCCAAGAUGAGGAUUCUGAUAAAGAGCACAGCACUGGUACCGAUGAAAAUGACAAUCAUUUCAUUGAUCGGUGGUUUUAUUUGAGCGUCGGAUUAGGGUUUGCAGCAGUGGAUAUAAUAUGGCACCUGAAUAUGCAAUGCCGGGGUAUUUAACCAAUAAAGCAGAUGUUUACAGUUUUAGAAUUG